GAACAACCCAAUUAGUUAGAGAGAAGAGAAGCCAUACAAUUUCUGAAAAUAUGGAUGUGACUAUGGUUUCGAGUUCUUGGACGAAAAAGGAGAACGAUGACUUCAAGAUUGCAUUGAUGUUGUUCUCGGCGUUUUGCCCUUCACGGUUCGAGCUUAUGGCCACGUAUCUACGGAAAUCGGAGGUUGCUGUUAAGGAGCACUAUCAAGACUUGGUCGAGGACCUGUUGGAGAGCGGAUUGAGUCAAACAGCUUUGCCAGGUGACAUGAUUGGUGCAAUUGCACAGCCCCCAGUCAAAAGAACCAUAUGGAAGAAAGAAGAACAUGAAUGGUUUCUGAUUGGGUUAAGGCGGUUUGCGAGAUAUUGGGACAAGAUAUCGACGUUAUUGGUUUCCAAAAACCGAAUGCAAGUCGCGAUCUAUGGACAUCAAUAUUUCAGUUGGGAGAGCUCGAAAAUGCAGCCAAUGAAACGUCAGAGAACCAAUGACUUGAAUUUGGGUCACACCAGUGUGAAUCUCGCAAGCCGACAAGAGACCCAUGUUCAUAUGCGGUCGCAACCACAACAACAAUCAAUUGUGGAAAUGGGUAUGGUUGGUUGGACUUCUUACUCUGACUCAUGUUAUCAUAAGUAUCAAUGUUCGAGUGAGUGAAAAAGUGCGAUUAGAGUACUUAAAUCAAUCGAGGUCGUAAAAUCAUGUGGUGCUGCGGCAAGUUGUUAUGAACCUUGUUUUUUAUAAUUUUAUACUUCUCUUAAUAAUAAAGUUACAUUAUCCC